AUGCUGUCGGUGCCGGUGCCGGUGGCGGGCGCGGGGGCGGCGCGAGGCACGGGCUCCCUGCCCCGCCGGCGCACCAUGUGCAGCGGCGUCGGCUGCUUCUGGGCGCUGCUCUCCGCGGGGCUCCUGGCCGCCUGCGCCGCCGCCUUCCUCUCCCCGGCCUGGCUGCUGCCGCCCGGGAGAGCCGCCGCCGGCUUCGGCUUGCUGUGGCGGUGCUCCGGCCCGCCUCGCGGCUGCCACGGCUCCGCCGGUCCCGGCGGCUUCGGAGACAUCCCCUCCGGCUCCUGGCAGACGAGCGCCGUGCUGUGUGCGGGAGGCUGUGCCCUGCUGGCCCUCAGCUCGCUGCUGGCCAUCGUCGCCAUCCUGCUGCCCAGUGGAGCCUGUGAGAGGAAAGUCUGCACUCUGGCCGGCUACAUGCAGACAGCAGCAGUGUUCAUUAUGGCUUCUGGGCUUUUGGUUUACCCUUUUGGUUUCAACUCUGCUACUGUGAAGAGAUUCUGUGAGAAUUCAGACAUCUACUAUGCAGGAGACUGCCAGAUUGGAUGGGGGUAUAUGCUGGCAAUUGUGGGGGUCAUGUUGUCUGUCUUUUUACCAUUCUUUGCAAAAUAUGCACCAAAAGAGCACAUAUCUCCGACUCCAAUACCUACUAUUUUAUAGUAUUUUAUUACUGUGUAAGAACAGAACAUUCCUGUCUACGGGCAACGGGCAGCAGUUAUUAUAGCACUUCCAUUUAGCUGUAUUGCUAAAGAGAAAAAAAGAAAAAAAAAAAAAAAAAAAAAGGAGAUGGGGAGAGAAGGUCAGAUUCACAAAGACCAAAAGUGCAUUGAUAGUCUUCCGUACACACGAGUAGCGAACGCUCUGGAAUUAAACUAAGAUGAAUCAGCAGCCUUUGUGCUGCUCCGAACACAGCCUUAGCAAAAGUUGGUGUCAGUUUAUCCUCAGAACAUCUGUCUACCUCCCAGGCUGUUUCUUUUGUGUCUCAAAACCUUAAGACUUUUAAAAAGUUUCAAUCCACUUUUUAUAUAUUACUAAAUGUGAAAGCUUUUAUGAACCCACUAAUUUUAAAACCAAUAACAAUAUUUUGUUAUAAUUAUUUUGGUUAAUUAAAAAAAAAAAAAAAAGCCUACUAGUAGCCAUGGCCUACAA